AUGCAGCAGGACGGACUCAGCAGUGUGAAUCAGCUGGGGGGACUCUUUGUGAAUGGCCGGCCCCUUCCUCUGGACACUCGGCAGCAGAUUGUGCAGCUAGCAAUAAGAGGGAUGCGACCCUGUGACAUCUCACGGAGCCUUAAGGUAUCUAAUGGCUGUGUGAGCAAGAUCCUAGGACGCUACUACCGCACAGGUGUCUUGGAACCCAAGUGUAUUGGGGGAAGCAAACCACGCCUGGCUACGCCUGCUGUGGUGGCUCGAAUUGCCCAGCUAAAGGACGAGUACCCAGCUCUUUUUGCCUGGGAGAUCCAACGCCAGCUUUGUGCUGAAGGGCUUUGUACCCAGGACAAGGCUCCCAGUGUGUCCUCUAUCAAUCGAGUCCUUCGGGCACUACAGGAAGACCAGAGGUUGCGCUGGACACAACUCAGAUCACCAGCUGUUUUGGCUCCAGUUCUUCCCAGUCCCCACAGUCACUGUGAGGCUCCCCGAGGUCCCCACCCAGGAACCAGCCACAGGAAUCGGACUAUCUUCUCCCCCGGCCAAGCUGAGGCACUGGAGAAAGAGUUCCAGCGUGGCCAGUAUCCAGAUUCAGUGGCCCGAGGAAAGCUGGCUGCUGCCACCUCUCUGCCCGAAGACACAGUGAGGGUCUGGUUUUCCAACAGAAGAGCCAAAUGGCGAAGGCAAGAGAAGCUGAAAUGGGAAACACAGCUGCCAGGUGCUUCCCAGGACCUGAUGGUACCAAAAGAUUCUCCGGGGACCAUCUCUGCACAGCAGUCCCCUGCCAGUGUCCCCUCAGCAGCCCUGCCUGUGCUGGAACCAUUGAGUCCUUCCUUCUGUCAGCUCUGCUGGGGGACAGCACCGGACAGAUGUUCCAGUGAUACCUCAUCCCAAGCCUGUCUCCAGCCCUACUGGGACUGCCACUCCCUCCUUCCUGUGGCCUCUUCCUCAUACAUGGAAUUUGCCUGGCCCUGCCUCACUGCCCAUCCUGUGCAUCAUCUGAUUGGAGGCCCAGGACAGGUGUCGUCAGCCCAUUACUCACACUGGCCUUAA